AUGACCAACCAGAAGCACGUGGUCUUCGACGUCGUCGGCACCUGCGUGUCAUUCGAUGCCUUCUAUAACGGCAUCGACCGCGUCAUCGGCGAAAAGCUGGCUGCCAAAAACAUCACAGCCACUGCAUUCGGCUACACUUGGAUGACGGCAGCCGAGCUCGAGUUCACCUUUCUCUCCGUCUCUGAGCGCCAUCGUCCCUACAAGGAUGUCCUGCGCGCCUUGUUCUUCCGCACGCUGUUCAUGGUUGGCGUUGCGGCACCAAGGGACCUCGCCACAGAUGCGGAAAGGGACGCCUGCGUCCAGGCAUACUCGGAGCUCGAGUUGCGUCCCGGGGCGAAAGAGUGCUUCGCGAUAUUGAGAGACGCCGACUUCACGGUGUGGUGUUUGACAACGGGUGAUGCCAAGCGGGUGGGAGGAUAUUUUGAGCGUGCCGGCGUUGACAUGCCUCUGGAGAACCUCAUCAGCUGCGAUGGGCAGGGCGUGGCCAAACCGGCGUUGGCGGCGUACAAGCCAACCCUAGCUCGAUUCGCACCCGAUGAUCUCAAGUGGUUUGCCGCUGCUCACAUGUGGGAUGUGUCUGCUGCAGUAAAGGUUGGGUUCCGGGGUGCUUAUUGCACAAUAUAUGAACAGGAUCCUUGCGCCGACAUAUUCGACGCGCAGAUGGAGGUUAUGGCUGACACGCUGCCAGAGAUGGCAAAGGGGAUCGUAAAAGCAUCGCUUUAA